AUGACGACGCGAACUGCUGGCAAGGUCAAGCUCUUCUCGGAUGGCCAUGGCUUGGCCUCGCCUGGGAGAUGGCCGCCGCACGCCCGGCCGUGUGCGGACCUGGAUCCAGGGCUCUCCCUUCAUAAAUCCUUGAUGGACAAACUUUUGAGCUUCGUCACUGCUAACAUCGAUUACAAGACAGUGGUUUGUUUCUUGGCAACUGGCAAGUGCGUUUCUUCACCUUUCUCGGAGGACCUGCUGAAGCGGGCCAGGCAUCUGGUCUUCGGAGUCCUGCGAGAUCAAGGCUCCACUGCACCGCUGGAACUGGUUCCGGAGCGACAACCCUUUUACUUGCAUGCAAUCUCGGAGCUGCUUCGGAUGGCGGACGGUCCAGACUGGAGACAGUACACUGAGCUUCGGGACAACUAUCGUUCGGUGGAUGGCUUCGAAGCUAAGGUCGAGCAACAGUUCGAGAAAGAGAUCGCCCUGGGUGCAAUGGUAAAAAUGGAUCUGCGUGAGGCUCAGGAGCUCUUUGGGGAUCGGCUGUCCAUUGCAUCUUUGGGUUGCAUCCCCAAAACAGACGGCUCCGUGCGAGUCGUACAUGAUGGGGCCCACGGGCAGCAUGUCAACGACUCCAUUAGGGUCAGGGAUGGGCAGGCUUAUCCUUCGGGUGCUGAUCUCGAGGCGACCUUGCACUCGUUGCCAUAUGCUACCUUCAGCUUGAGCGGUGACAUUUCCAGGGCACAUCGCUUAUCCAAGGCUUGGGUAGGCUAUUGCCAUGGCAAGGACGAGACGAGUCUCUUGUCAUACGUGGAUGACCUGUUAUGGAUCACCCAGUCUUCCGAUGGGCUGUUGAGAAUCCUGGCAUCCAUACUUCUUCUGUCUGUGCUAGGAGUUCCUUUUGCGUGGCACAAGUUUUCUGGAGGAGGCGAGCACUCCUGGAUUGGGUAUUCUCUCUGUGUGGCCAAGCGCACAGUGGGCAUAUCAAUGAGUCGUGCAGACUGGAUCAUUGGCUGGAUCAGGAAGACGAGGGCAGAUGGGAUGGAACAUUUCCGAACCGAUGCCAAGGCCCAGGGCUCGGAGCUUUGGGUAGGCGGCUGGUGUUGCGCUGACGAUGCAAAUCCUCGUCGCUGCAGAUGGUUCUCAGAAAAGAUCGAUCAUUUGAAGUUUCCACUUUUCUUUAUGGCUGGACAAUCAUACCGGGCCAUCGGGGCACUGGAAAUGUUGGCAACUCUGAUCGCUCUACUUCUCUUUGAACCAGCCAAAGGCACUCGUGGAGUACACCAUUGCUCAGCUGGCACCGAUAACCGCGGCAAUGCUUUCAUCACAGCUCGCUGGAUGACAUCGUCCUUCCCGCUGAAUGCUGUGCUGAUGGAAGUCGCGGCUAUUUUACUGCAACGGUCUUUGCAUUUGGAACUCCACUGGACUCCUAGGUUGCAGAAUGCAUUGGCAGAUGCAUUGACCAACCAGCAGUAUGAUUCUUUUGAUCCGACUCUCAGGCUGCGGUUUGACUUCAGCAAAUACAAGUCGGUCAUCUUGAAUGAACUCAUGGACGCCG